CUUAAAAUAGAUGCAAAAUGACCAGAAGGAGACACAAAAAGGUCACAUAGACGUGUAAAAUGACUACAUGGACUCGUUUGAGAGCUGUGGUGUUUCGGGGCCCCGUUCAUGUCUUCUCAGGGUCUAUAAUGGUGCUUUGGAGCUCUGAUGUGUCUUCUUUACAGUGUUGAAACGCCGCUGUGGGGCAACGACACGCUGCUUUUGGGGCAAGAAGACGUUGUUGUUGUAAAACCGGUGUGAGACAGGAAGUCUGAGGAAAGAGAGGAGAAGCUCUUCCUUUCUUUUUUCUCUCUAUUCGAUUAGCAUGUGAGUGGAUGGGCGUGUCCCACGGGUGUUUUAGAAAGACCUGCUCUUCCAGUCUCAAGUGUGAGCCCCGGGCUCCAGACUGAGUGCUAGCCAUGCUGCGGCAACAGGAGCCGACCUCCAGCACGCUGCAGCUGGUGGAAGACGACAUGACGAACAGCACGGACAAGCUGGACAGCCGCGAGCUCGACCUGGCGGACGGCGAGUACGACACGGCCGACGCCCACGCCUCAGCCGUGCGGUUGCCGUUCUCCACCGUCUACCACGUGGUGGGCUUCAAGGAGCCCAAGGCCAACGUCUUCCUGUCCUCGCCGGUCACCGCCAAGAUCCUGGAGGUGGAGCGCUUCAUGUCGGCUCAGGACCGCUUCAACCUCACCGCGCAGAGGAGCGUCAACAAGGCGUUGCCGGCGGUGUUCAAGAUCGAGAUGAAACACGGCGAGUUCACCUGGCUGGUGAAGAGGAAGGAGAAACACUUCAUGGACCUCCACCGAGAGCUGAGGACCUACAAGACCUUCAUGAAGCUGCCGCUGCCGACGCGAAGCCACACGGUGAAGAGGCAGUCGGCGGCGAGGACGGAGGAGAGGGAGAUCCCGAACCUCCCCAGAGGGGGCGGAGACGAGCUGGAGAGAGACGGGCAGGUCUCGAGUCGCCGGAAACAACUGGAGGACUACCUGAACAACCUGCUCCAGACGCCGAUGUACCGGAACUACCACGCAACGGUGGAGUUCAUCGACGCCAGCCAGCUGUCGUUCAUCCACGACCUCGGACCCAAAGGCCUAGAAGGAAUGGUGCUGAAAAGAUCCGGCGGCCAUCGGAUCCCCGGCUUGAACUGCUGCGGUCGCAGCCGGAUGUGUUACCGCUGGUCCAAACGCUGGCUGGUGGUGAAGGACUCGUUCCUGCUCUACAUUAAGCCGGACUCGGGCGCCAUCUCCUUCGUGAUGCUGUUCGACAAAGAGUUCAGUAUCAAGAUGGACUCCAGAGACACGGAGACCAAGUACGGCGUCCGCAUCGACAGUCUGUCCAGGUCACUGGUGCUGAAGUGCACCAGCUACAGACACGCCCGCUGGUGGGGUCAGGCCAUCGAGGGCUUCGUCCAGAAGCACGGCUCGGCCUUCCUCAAAGACCACCGCUUCGGCUCCUUCGCCAGGGAGGAAGUGAACAUUCCUGCCAAAUGGUAUGUGAAUGGACAAACAUACAUGGAGGACGUUGCUGACGCUCUUGAAGAAGCAAAGGAGGAAAUAUUCAUCACAGACUGGUGGUUGAGUCCAGAGAUCUUCCUGAAGCGGCCGGUGGUCGAGGGGAACCGCUGGCGUCUGGACUUCGUAUUGAAACGCAAAGCGCAACAAGGCGUGCGGAUCUUCGUGAUGCUGUACAAGGAGGUGGAGUUAGCGCUGGGCACCAACUCUGAAUACAGCAAGAGGACGCUGCUGACCCUUCACCCCAACAUCAAGGUGAUGCGUCACCCCGACCACGUCUCCUCCGCCGUUUACCUGUGGGCGCAUCACGAGAAGAUCAUCGUCAUCGACCAAUCGGUGGCCUUCGUCGGCGGCAUCGACCUGGCGUACGGUCGCUGGGACGACAGGGAACACCGGCUGACGGACGUCGGGAGUGUCACACUCUCACACUUGGAGCAGGCGCAAACGGCCUCUUCCAACAUGGCCGCCCCGGCUAACGGCGCCGGCGGCGGCGCCCAGACCAACGGGAGCGCCAUCUUCACUGUGACGGACUCGGUGGACCAGCCCAGGCUGAAAAGUCAGGGGAGGAUGAAGAGGACCAGGUUCAGCAUCCGGAGACACCUGCAGAAACACGGACUGGCUCAGGCUGACAGCGACAGUGAGCUGGAGGAGGAAGAGACGAGCGGCUCAGUGCGUGGUCUGCACCCGGGGGUCGGGGAGCUGUUGGGAAACACGCGGUUCUGGCACGGGAAGGACUACUGCAACUUCGUGUUCAAGGACUGGAUCCAGCUGGACAAGCCGUUCGACGAUUUCAUCGACAGACACACGACUCCCAGGAUGCCUUGGCACGACAUCUCCUCGGUGGUUCACGGGAAGGCAGCUCGGGACGUGGCCAGACACUUCAUCCAGCGGUGGAACUUCACCAAGCUCGUGAAGCCGAAGUACCGGUCUCUGUCGUACCCGUACCUGCUGCCCAAGUCUCACACCACCGCCGGCGAGCAGCGAUACCAAGUCCCCAACUGCACCCCCGCCAAAGUGCAGAUCCUCCGCUCGGCGUGCGAUUGGUCCGCCGGCAUCAAAUACCACGAGGAGUCCAUCCACAACGCCUACGUCCACGUCAUCCAGAACAGCCGGUACUUCAUUUACAUCGAGAACCAGUUCUUCAUCAGCUGUGCAGACAACAGACACGUCUUCAACAAGAUAGGAGACGCGAUAGCCGAGCGCAUCAUCAGAGCACACAAGGAGGGUAAAAGGUACCGAGUUUACGUGGUGACGCCUCUGCUGCCGGGCUUCGAAGGAGACAUCAACACCGGAGGAGGCAGCGCCAUCCAGGCCAUCAUGCACUUCAACUACAGGACCAUGAACAGAGGAGACUAUUCCAUCAUCUCCCAGCUCAAGAGAGAGAUGGGAGACCAGUGGAUGAACUACAUCUCCAUCGCCGGGUUGAGGACUCACGCCGAGCUGGAGGGGAAGCUGGUCACCGAGCUCAUCUACGUCCACAGCAAGAUGCUCAUCGCGGACGACAACACCGUCAUCAUCGGUUCUGCCAACAUCAACGACCGGAGCAUGCUGGGAAAGAGGGACAGCGAGGUGGCGGUGAUCGUGGAGGACUCGGAGACGGUUACCGCGGUGAUGGACGGGCAGGAGUACCAAGCUGGAAGAUACGCGCUGCAGCUCCGCCUCGAGUGCUUCAGGAUGAUUUUGGGCGCCAACACGGACCCCUCCAUCGACGUGUCGGACCCCCUUAGUGAUCAGUUCUACAAGGAGGUCUGGAUGGCGACCUCCGCCCGCAACGCGUCCAUCUACCAGAAGGUCUUCCGAAGUCUGCCGUCCAGCGACGUGCGUAACAUCCUGGAGCUGGAGGGGUUCCUCGCCAAGCCGGGCCUGGACAAGGAGGACCCGGCCCGGGCUCACGAGGAGCUGAAGAAGAUCCGCGGCUUCCUGGUCCAGUUCCCUCUUCAGUUCCUGUGCGAGCAGAACCUGCUCCCCCCCAUCGGCUCCAAGGAGGCCAUGGUGCCCAUGGAGGUCUGGACCUGAGGCCGAGGGCCCCUGUGCGUUCAUGUGUUCACGCACAACAUCCGAAAGGUUAAAAAGAACAAACUCUGGAGCCAUUUUGGAGGUCAUAGCGGCUGAAAACUGCCUUUUUUAAACUGUUACACUGUCCUGUUUUUUUAAUUUUAUUUACUCCUUUUAAUGUAUUUUUUUUAUAGUUACGUUUAAAACAACUAACAGCUGAUGACGUGUUAGCUCUGCACUACAGGGGUUCCCCUCUGCAACCUAAACAAACAAACUGCUGUUUGUCUUUGCUGCAACUUUCCUCCACGUUGUUCCGAUCUGAGCCGCAAAAACUAAAAGUUAGUUAAAAAAGAGAGUUUCUUUGGAGAAGUCGGAUAAAACGGAUGUAUGUGGACGAUUAAAAAACGAAGGUAAAGAAUUGAAUUACAUUCUGAUAAUAUAUUACAUAAUUACCAUGUCUAAAUUGAUAAUAACAAGCACACGCUAACUAACAUUUCUGCAUUCAUGUCAUUAAUUAAAUGAGAAAGUACUCUAAGAACUCAAUUCACACAUGAGUUUCAUAUAUGCUAUUUAUUUACAGAAAACUUUCCAUAUCGUUAAGAAGAAUUACCUCUAUUGUGAGAGAAGAUGUCAUAUCGCCUCGCUAGCACCUUCAGGUAAAAAAGUGGAAGUCUCUCUCUAGUUUCAGGGUUUGGUUUGUCCAUUCUGGGCUUCUGUAGAAACAUGGCGGACUCUCGUUCUAAUUUUAAUUCUAGUUCCAGGUGGUUACACACUAAAGUAAACAUCAUUUUAAAUAGAAAAUUCCAUUUCCGGCGCUGAUGGAGCGCCUUAAAUGCGACACGCUGGCCACAGCUGAUGAAGAUCUAGGUUUUAGCUGCAAAAUGACUUCCAAAAUGGCGUCGGCUGAGUUUGUGAAAAGAGCCACUGGACACACAGACACUGACUCUCAGAGCUGAUGCAUACACAAUGUUGUUGUUGUUUUUACAACGGCAACACGUGUACACAAACAAACAUGGAGAGGAGUCGACCAGCAGGCGCAGCGUUGAGCUCUACGGAGCCUCACGUUUACAAGAAGGAUAGAUCAAUUAAAGUGAUCGACUCUGAGGCCUGACACGCCUCCCCCCCCUGACACGCCUCCUCCUGACACGCCUCCUCCUGACACGCCUCCCCCCCUGACACGCCUCCUCCUGACACGCCUCCCCCCCUGACACGCCUCCUCCUGACACGCCUCCCCCCCUGACUGGACUCCCCCACACACACACACACACACACACACACACCAAACCACCACGCUUUCACUCUACAAUUCUGCAACACUAUGCAGCGGCCGGCGAACGCAGCUCUGACUCUUCUGUGUUUUAUGGGUUUGAAAAGACACAAAAAAAUUAAAAGAGGAACGAAAACGGACUUUGACGAAGACGAAGAGGAAGAGCUGUCAUUUUGUCUCAUCUCUCUGAAGCUUUUUAUGUGAAACAGGAAAUCACAAGUGCCAAAGAUGAAAAGGCUGUCGCCUGACGUGAAAACGGUUCAUACGUUCACGACAUUCCUCCCACUGUUUAGCCUGAAGGGUCCUGUUGUUAUGCUCUGAUCUGGUCUUUGUUCCUUUGGCAGCACUUUACUUCACGGGUCUGUAAUUUACAAUUAAUAACGUUUUCUGGAAAAGAGUUAUGUUAAUUUGGUGCUAAUUAGAGUGACGGGGAAAUCUUUAUUAUUAUAAAUAAACAUUAAUUUUUUGGUUGAUUUGUUAGAGACUGUAGACAAAGUUGAAUUUUUGCAUGUUCAGCUCAUCUUUUGUGCAACUAAAAUACUCUGCAAGUCACACUUUUAGUUAUUUAGUAUUCACAAAAAGCGUCGAAAAAAUAAUCCGUCUUUCCAGGAAAUUACAGACUUGAAUAAAGCGUUGCCAUUCUGUUUUUAAAAAAAAAAACUUUUAGAUUCAUGCAUGAAAACAUAAUUGCAAUGCUGCGUUUCAUUAAUGUCAACAAGCGGGAAUCCUGAAGCAAGAGCCAAGUUCAUUUAAAUGGGUCGAUAUCGGUUUGUUAGGUAACGUGUGAGCGGAUGCAAGUUCCUUCAGCACCUUUUUGUUUCUGCUGCCCCCAAGUGGCCAAAAACAAGUCUAUUAUUGCAGCUUUAAGAUAUUUAUUAGUGCAGUUUUGUGGUUUAAGUUCAACACUUAUCUAAAAAGCUAGAAACAAUGGCUUGCGGGCCUUCACCUCGCAAGCUGAAUAGUUGCCUUUUUUAAAAGCCAUGGACAUUAUUGAUGCUCAACGUCGUGCCUGUCUACGAGCCGUGUUUCGUCCAGAUGGGCCUUAAACUUCUGUUUAUUAUUGAUGAAAAUCUCUGCUCUUCUUUUUAAUAUUCCUCUCUACCUCCCUGUGUUCCUACCUCCUGCUCCAGUGCAGGUAAAGUCCUCUGAAAAGGCAAACAAAGAGUUUAAAAUCUUAAACAGAGUAUA